AUGCCUCCUUCGCCGGAACCAGCAGCUCCGUCAGAGGUGUGCGAGGAGCUGACGUUUCAUGGCACGGACUACAUCGUAGAGGUGUCAGCAAACGACAGCAAUAUACUCACUGUGGACGUGGAGAAGAAAGACGACGGGGAGAGGUGGCAUGGCGAAUUCAGCGCAUCCUACAUAGAGGAGGUGACGCAAAAGACUGGCAACUUCAAGAAGUUCUCUGUGUUCUACAAGAUGCUGUGUUCUGCCCUGAAACAGGCAAGGGGAGCUAGUGAGACUGUCUUUGCCGACCUCUUGACGUAUCAAGAUCUCGAGAUGCUGAGGAGCAGACAGACCAGAAAACCGGCAAGCACCUCCACUCGGCCCACAAACAAGAGAUAUCUCAUUCUAACGUACGCCGUCGAGUUUGAUCGCGUGCACUAUCCCCUUCCUCUUGCUCACUGGGACGAUCCUCCUCCUUCAGUGCUCUACUCCACCAUCCGACGGCUGCGUGAAGAGAUGCAGAGGCUCAAAUCUGCUGCUCCUCCUCCUCCUCACCGCGACGAGGGAGACGCAUCAGCUCUUCGAGGAGAGAACUACGAGCUGAAGAAGCAGAAGGACCAGGCGGUGAAGGACGCGGAGAGACUUCGAGCUGAGCUGUCAAAAGUCACCAGGCAGAACGACAAGCUCGCGUCAGAGCUGGAGCAGCUGGAGGGCCAAGUGAGGAUAGAUGUUGAUCGAGAAAGCCUGUCUUCGUCCCUCAAGGAAGCGAGGAGAAGAAUCACUGAGCUCGAGAAUGAGCUGGCCAACGAGCGAGAGGAGGCGAGGGAGGAGCAGGCGGAACUCAGACACCAGUUGGUGGUGCUGCAGAGAGAAGUAGAUGGGGGGCGACAGACCGUCCUCGAUCUCAAGGCGAAGGUUCGGGAGCUGCAGUCUGAGCUGGACCUGGCGAAGAGGAGAGCGAAGAUUGAAUCGGACCCGAGGUUGGAUGCGAAGAGAGCUAUCUACGGCAACAAGUCAGUCUUGUCGCCUUUCCUCCUCUUCCUCACUUCUACUUCAGCGCUGCGCUUUGACCCCACGGCAUACGUCAAGAACAAGCAGGCACAGGUCCUUAGCUCCCCCUUGACUUCCUUCUCCAAGUCUGACAUCGCUGCAGGUGGCUGCAAAUCAUCGUUCAAGAUCUGUCAGCCCUCGUCCAGGCUCCUCAAGACCUGCUCCUGCUCCGCCGAGCGGCUCCGGCCAUGGGCUGACCCUCCCAUCUCACGAAGCCUCCCAGCCAAGUCAGUGAAGCCCUCCUCGCGCCCCUCGUCCCGCCCCUCCUCUGCUGAGCGGCAGAGGCCAGCGGAGGACAGCAGCGCCUCCAAGCGCUCCUGGAGCGACCGCAAGCCAAGCCCGUCGAGCAGGAUGGAGCGAGAUCGCGAUGUGAUUGCUCGUCGCAAUGCAGAAGGCGUUCGGGCUCGUCCUCCUGCGUCGAAAGAAGUUGAGCGCAGGCCUGCGGCGGAGCACAACACACGAGGGAAGGGAAUGGGAGGGGAAGGAGAGAGAGGAGGAUGGAGGGCCAAGCAUGAGCUGCGAGAUAAGUCGGACGAAGAGAACUCUUGGCCGCGAGGAUAUGCAAACACUUCAGGAGAUGACAUCUCUGACAUCGACGCUCGUCUCAACGCCCUCCAAUCCUUCCUUCAGGCUGCCAAAGACAAGGCGAAGCAGGCGUCUCACUCGCGCGGACUUCGCAGCUGA